UUUUUGGAGGCGGAAAGCUUAUAAUAUCAGGCAUUUCAAGGUUAAUGGGUAUUGCAAUUACAUAUCUGUAUUCACAUACAACAUGAAGCUGUCCCCCAAGCAGGUAUAUAAGGAAUACACCUUUCAAUGAUGUCUACAGUUCAGUUAAAGUUUUCACGAGGAUGCGUCGUUUACUGCUGAUACAAAUUACAUUAUGGAGCUUUGUGAGUGCCAUACCGCAGGAGGAUUUGUCGCUUAUUAAGCAGGUGGAACUGCUGUGUGAGAACACGUACAAAUUAAUAAUGCAAAACAAACUUGAAUUUUGCACAUAUGCAGCCAAGGAAGUUGUAGAUUGUAAGGCUGCGAAUGAGACUGAAUUGGAAAAGUGGCAACACUGGCUCGAUUUGUCGAAUGCUGAAAGGUUUAAUAUAACGGAAAAUGAAAUACUAAACUACGUUGAUAAACUUGCGGACAGUCUUCCAAAGUCUUAUGACCACUACAUUCCUAAAAAGGAUCUACAAGAAAGUCUUAACAGAUGUACAAAGGGUGCUUUUGGAGAUAAACAUGUUAAAUAUGUACAGAGCAACAGCAAAAUCUUAAAAUCAUUUGAGAAAGAGGCCAGUCCCAUAUUGCAAGAAGUGACCGAUGCUACAAGACAAUCUGAUAUAAUUUUCUUUGAAUCCUUCGAUUAUUUUGUGAAGAAUGGAAGUGAAAAUAUCUUUAUGUUUAUAAGAUCUAAGCUCAUAAAAUACGAGGACAGAGCUUUCCUGAUUGAAGUAAAAAACUUGGCUCAGGAGACAUAUCUCGAAAUGCAGCGCAGCUAUAUGAAGUACUUUAUGAUUGAAGUAGAAACAAUUAUAUCUUGCGAUGCAGUCAAUGGAACAGAAUUGAAGAAUUUAAAGAUUUUGGUCGGUUUAAUUAGGGAAAAGCUAGAUACUUUAACCGACGACGAGUUCAAGGAUUUUUCAUAUUUACUUUACGUGAACUUGCCGCAUAGAGAGCAAGUUUACAAAGUUUUAAACAAUUGUGCUCCCGGUAUUAGGGAUGAAUUAGAAGCAAAGAUAACUAUGGAAGCAAAGGAAAUGAUUGAAGCAUUUAUUGAGAAUGCCACCCCCAAGAUGCAUCAAGUAAGCGGCGUUACAAAGCAAUCGCAAAAAAAUCUAUUUUUAAUUUUUGAACGUAUUUCAAAUCUCAAUAAUGAAUUUAGCAAGCGUGAAUAUGCUUUUAUUAUUUUCAGGGGAUUUAUUGAUUUUUUUUAAGUUAACAUUUAAAAUAAAUUCCUUCGCAUUCAAUAAAGAUUUGAGCAACCUUGGGGAUAAGUUGCGAACGCCAUC